AGUUGUAUACACUUGAGGAAGAUAGAUAUUGGUGGGUUUGUUUAUACAUAGAAGCUGAGGAAUUACCUUUCAGCUAACUAAUACACUAUGGCUCUUGUUAAAAAAAGGGUGAGUUGGAAAUAUUUCCUGCCUGGUUGUUUGCAGGUCAAGAAACCAUGUCCUUCUUCUUCAUCAGUACCCAGAGUUCAUGAUGAUUCCAAUCAAAUGUCUAUGCGGAGAUUGUCGCUUUCUGAUGUGAGUAACACCAGCUCUCUCAUAUCGUUGAAUGAUUUGUCGAGCUCUCUGGUGGGAUCAAAUCUUCAUAUUUUUACCCAUAAGGAGCUGGACAUGGUGACAAAUAAUUUUUCCAAGGGUGAGUUUCUCGGAGAAGGAGGGUUUGGAAAAGUUUAUAAAGGGUUUAUUGAUGAGAAGCUCAGGACUGGCUUGAAGGCUCAGCCUGUUGCUGUUAAGGUCCUGGAUUUGAAUGGCUCUCAGGGGCAUAGAGAAUGGCUGGCUGAAGUUAUAUUUCUUGGACAAUUGAAGCAUCCCCAUCUGGUGAAUUUGAUUGGAUAUUGCUGUGAGGAUGAUCACAGGCUUCUGGUUUAUGAAUACAUGCCACUUGGAAACUUGGAGGAUAAAUUGUUUAGAAAUUAUGCAGCAACAUUGCCCUGGUUAACAAGAAUAAAAAUUGCACUGGGAGCUGCACAAUGUCUGGCCUUUCUCCAUGAAGAAGAAAAGCCAGUCAUAUACAGAGAUUUGAAAACUUCAAACAUCUUACUGAAUACAGAUUACAGUUCCAAGCUCUCUGAUUUUGGAUUGGCAACAGAUGGUCCAGAAGGAGAUGUUUCUCACAUUACAACAUGUGUCAUGGGCACAGAGGGCUAUGCAGCUCCCGAAUACAUAAAGACAGGUCACUUGACAACUAUGUGUGAUGUGUAUAGUUUCGGAGUGGUGCUGUUGGAGCUAUUAACUGGGAGGAAAUCUAUUGAUAAGAACCGUCCUAGAAGGGAACAAGAUCUUGUGGAAUGGGCAAGGCCAUUGUUGAAGGACUUCAACCGACUGGAACAAAUUAUGGAUCCAAGACUCGAGGGUCAGUACUCAACUGAGGGAGUUAAGAAGGCUGCAGCAUUGGCAUAUCAAUGCCUGAGCCAUCACCCCAAGUCCAGACCCACAAUGAGCACUGUGGUCAAGACUUUAAAGCCUCUUUUAGACUUGAGUGACAUCCCCAUAGGACCCUUUGUCUGCACUGUUUCAAGUGAUGGCAACAUUACUUAUGUCAACAACAAUGCCCAAAAAUAUGAAGAGAAAGAUGAAAAAAGAGAAGAAACUGGCCGCCAUCCACUCCUAAAAGGUCGCCGUCAACGACGUCGACGACGGAUCAGGCCAUCAAGGUCUAGAGCUGUAUAUUCUGAUACUGCUUUGUAUAAAGCUCUUGGAACAAGCUUGUACUCCCCCAGAAACUAGAGGCAAAAGGGUCACAGAUUUUUUGUUGUUUUGUUUUUUGAUUUGUGUGAUGUGAUCUUACAAUUGUUCUAUACUGUUAAAAGGAGAAAAGGGUUAUUGAAAAAAAAUACAAAAAAGCCCAAAUUGUAGACUUCUGGAAGAACUCUGGAAAAUUAGUUAAAUUUCAAGUUAUACAUAUUCAUUUUUACACUAUUU